UGUUCAUCUUACCCAACCAUGAAAUUCCCAAUCCUCCGCCCAUUAUGAUCCCAUCGACUUCCGUCAAAUCCAAAACCAAUCCAAGUCUAUACUAUGCAAUCCACAAGUAUUCUCCCUUUCAAUCCCCCCCUUUCUUUUCCCCCAAAUCUUCCUCGUUUCGCCCCAAUAAUCCGCCAUUUCCCCUCUCCUUCCAAGCUUCGCGUGCCCAUAUCUAUGGCUUCUUCGCCUUCUGGGCUCGCCGUCGGGUCGCGAACAGAGACUAUUUCGAGCAGGACCGCCAUUGAUGGCCUCUAUACUUUGACCGACUAUGUGGGAAAGGACGGGAUUGGUUUGGGAGAUGAUUUGGUGCUGCUGUUGACUCAUAUUCAGUAUGCUUGCAAGAGAAUUGCAGCUCUCGUCGCUUCUCCCUUCAGUUUCGAUCUUCCAAAUCCGGCGGGUUUGGCUGUCGGCGGUGGAGUGGUUGUUGGAGCGGAGAGGGAUGCACCCAAGCCGCUCGACAUUGUGUCUAAUGAAAUCAUCUUAUCAUCCCUUAAAAAGUCUGGAAAAGUUGCUGUGAUGGCUUCAGAAGAAGAUGAUGAGCCAGUUUGGAUUAGAGAUGAUGGUCCAUUUGUGGUGGUAACAGACCCGCUCGACGGUUCUCGAAACAUCGAUGCAUCGAUACCUACUGGCACAAUUUUUGGGGUUUAUAAACGUCUUGUUGAACUUGAUAACUUACCAAGAGAAGAGAAGGCCGUGCUUAAUUCUCUACAGAGUGGAACUAAACUUUUGGCAGCUGGAUAUGUUCUCUACUCAUCAGCUACAAUACUCUGUGCCAGCUUUGGUUCUGGGACACAUGCAUUUACACUGGACCAUUCAACUGGAGACUUCAUUCUUACUCAUCCUCAUAUCAAAAUCCCUCCUCGAGGGCAAAUAUAUUCCGUAAACGAUGCGAGAUAUUUUGAUUGGCCAGAAGGAUUGCGGCGAUAUAUCGACACAAUCAGACAGGGAAAAGGCAAAAAUCCAAAGAAGUACUCUGCCCGUUACAUAUGUUCUCUGGUUGCCGAUCUCCAUCGAACUUUAUUGUACGGCGGAGUGGCAAUGAAUCCAAGAGACCAUCUUCGUCUAGUAUAUGAGGCGAACCCUCUUAGCCUCCUUGUCGAGCAAGCCGGAGGCCGAGGCUCAGAUGGUAAAAACCGAAUCCUUUCAAUGCAGCCAGGUAAGCUGCAUCAAAGGCUGCCUUUGUUCAUGGGGAGUUUGGAGGACAUGGAGGAGCUUGAAAGCUAUGGAGAUGUACAGCAGAAAGUGAAUCCUGGUUAUGAAGUUUGAAUGAAGCUUCAAACGUAAGAAUCAAGCUUCAAAAAGGUCAGUCAGUCUCUAGAUUUUGUGUUCUUCAUCACUUAUAUUCCAGUGGCUUUGCAUAUGCUUUACUGGAAAGUGUUUAUAUAUAUAUAUAUAUAUAAACUGUAGAAUAUUAACAGUAACUUCUGAGAGCAUGUGAAUUAUAGUUAAUUGCAA